CUGAAAUUCUCUGUUCCACAUGACUUUAAAGAAAUAGGAAGCCCAUCCUCCAUUGCUUAUGGUAAUCCUACAAUAGGCACACAUCUAUGUAUGCAAACAGGUAGGUGUGCACAUGUUUCAUGAACUAAGAGCUCACCAGCCCUUGCUCCCCAACCAGAGGGCCAGUGGUGGAGAUGGAAAGGGCUAGGGAGCCUUGCUCUCCCAGUAGUGAAAAGUAGGCAGCUGAGCUGGCUUCACUGGGUGGCUGUAGGCGGGUUGUGGGCGGCAGCACCCAACAGCUUGGAGGUAGCUACUUGGCAGCCUUUUUGGUACUCAGUGACACCAAGAGGCUGCUCUGGGUUUUGUGCCAAGGGUGCUUCAGCAACCAAGCCCAGUGCUCUCUCCUUCCUUCAUUGACCUCGGAGCAGGAUUAUCAUGCUGAGUUUCUGCUGUUCCCAGAUUGUGCUGCUUCUGCUGUUGCUGAGAGGUGCUGAAAAUGCUUCCACACAAAGAGCCUGCGGACGGCCCCACGUGUUCGCCCCUCGGAUCAUCGGGGGGAAGAAGGCCGAUGAAGGGGAAUGGCCGUGGCAAGCCAGCAUACGAAGGAACCGGCUGCACAUUUGUGGCGGAAGCCUGAUCUCGUCCCAGUGGGUGGUGACGGCUGCUCAUUGCUUUGAAGGGCCACUGAAGCUACCCGAGUUCCGAGUAAACUUGGGAGAAUACGAACUCCCCAGGCCUGCGCCCAGCAUGGUCUCCUCUGCUGUCAGCCGGAUCAUAGUGCACCCGUCUUAUGCUGGAGAAGGACUUAGUGCUGAUAUCGCCCUGAUGCAGCUGAAAGAGGCAGUCAAUUUCUCCCGAACCAUCUCCCCUAUCUGCCUUCCGAGCUCUUUGGAUCCUGACACCUUCCCUGUAGGGAUGGCGUGUUGGGUUACUGGCUGGGGCCUCAUCUCCGCAGAUGGCUACUUCAUGGCUCGGACGUUGCAGGAGCUGGAAGUGCCAAUCCUAGGCACUGAGGAAUGUGAUCAGAUGUUCCAUGAGGACUCCAAUGGCACCGAGACUGUGCCUCUGGGCCACCGGUUGAUCUACAAGGACAUGAUCUGUGCUGGGUACCCAGAUGGAAAUAAAGACACUUGCCAAGGUGACUCUGGGGGGCCUUUAGCUUGCAAGCGGAAUGGCACCUGGUUCCUGGCUGGAGUGGUGAGCUUUGGGGUGGACUGUGCAAAGCCCAAGCGGCCGGGAAUCCACACACGGGUGACUUCCUACAUGGACUGGAUUCAGCGCACCAUCGCAGAGAAAGUAGCCCAUGGUGGCGGUGAUGCCCAUCUCUUGAGUGCCAGUUCUGCCACUCCCUUGCUUCUACUUCUCCUGUGUUGUAGUGGUUAAGAGUGGUAGACUCAUAAUCCGGUGAACCUGGUUUGCAUCCCUGCUCCUCCACAUGCAGCUGCUGGGUGACCUUGGGCUAGUCACACUUAUUUGAAGUCUCUCAGCCCCACUCACCUCACAGAGUGUUUGUUGUGGGGGAGGAAGGGAAAGGAGAAUGUUAGCUGCUUUGAGACUCCUUCGGGUAGUGAUAAAUCGGGAUAUCAAAUCCAAACUCUUCUUCUUCUUCCUGGUCUUGACCCACAGCCUUGGGUGACCCAUGCUGCCUGCACACCUGGGGCUUCAGAAUGGCCAUCUUGUGUCGAUAGACAGGUUGGAUCAACCAGCUCAGGGUGACCGGACCCUGGUCUUUUGUAGGCUGAGCCUGAAGCAGAGGACAUCAAGGACAGAAGUAGAGCCCUGUUGGACUUGGUCAGUGGCCCAUGUAGACCAACAUCUUGUUCUCAUCAUGGCCAACUGAUGCCCAGGGAAAGUUUGCAACAGCAGCUCUUCCCACCUACGAUUCCGAACAACUAGUGUUCAGAAGUGUAUCACUGUAUCACCUCUGAAUAUUUUAAACAACUUUGUCACCAUCUGAAAGGUCACCCUGUUUUUGUUCAAUAGGUGAAGAGAAACAAUGUGUAACUGAAAGAGGAAACAGAAACAGAAGGGAGAAGAGCCUUCUAAAAAUAAGAACAGAGCACAUGGAUCUGCAAGGGGUGCUCUUCUUCAAUGUGCCACCCAGCCAGGCACACCUUCUUUCAGGCUACUCCAUUCCAUCUGUCUUCUGUCCUUCCCCACCCAACAGCCAAUCAGCAUUCUGUGGCUACUGUACUUUUUGUUGUUGUUCUGCAAAACUUUGAGUGACUUCAAACCUGCCAGUACCACCCCUGUUGUGGGUGGAUAAUGCCAUUUUGGUUACAUAAGGAUCAUAGCUCUCAGAGCAGGAGGUCAAUAUUAGUACAUAGGAUUGGCGGAUGGCAGUAGAAAGAUUCCAGAGGAAUAACAGUGAAAUGAAAUGAAAUACAGAUCGGUAAAAGAUAAAUGUAACUCAACUGGUCGAAGUUAAAAGGCUACUUUUCUAUGUAACAAUGGACCAUUUUCCCAAUUCACAAGUAAUUUAGACAUAGUUGAUGACCUUCGUGGGAGAAUAUCCUGGUGGCUUGUGUCCAAAAGUGACCAGGCGACAGAUGUUAGGGCAGCUUUUGCUGACCUGGUGCUCUCCAGAUAUUUUGGACUGCAUCUCCCAUCAGUGACAGCCAACAUGGCAUGAGGCUGCUAGUCUGCUUCAAUUUUAAUCAUACAGUCCUGUGAACAUGAGCAGUAGCCGGUAAUCGGCUCGUUUGAACACCCAACCAACAAGAAAACACCACAGGUAUGCUUCUACUGUCCCUGUUUCCCUGUACCCAUCCCUUGAAAAAGUCACUGCUAAUAUGUUGUCUCCUGGAUUGGUUUUGGGAGACACAUGUGGGUUAGAACUGGGUGUCGGUCUGUCUGUUUGUAGAGUAAAUGAACACAGGAAGGGGGAAAUUCAGCCAUAUAUAACGAAGUGCCAUGUUUCGCUGGGAUGAAACUAGCCAGACAAUGUUGGUAUCGAACUAUCAAGCUGCAUAUCUGUAGAACAGAAGCUAUGAGAUGAUCUCAACUAAGAUAAAUGCAUGUCACAGACACCACACAGUGACCAGGAAACACUCUCCCAGGUGAGCUGCUUAUUUAGCACAAAAUUGGCUUGGAGGUUAUACGAUGUCCACUGUUUAUUGAGCAUUCUUGGUUUGCACUCAUUCGUUUUCACUGAGCAAUGGAGAAAGGGCCGUAGCUCAGCAGAGGAGCAUCUGCCUUGCAUGCAGAAGGUCACAGGUUUGAUCCCCAACAUCUCCAGGCAGGACUGGGAAUGUCCCUUGCCUGAAACUUUGGACAGCUGCUACUAGAGAUGUAAAAUUUCUGGAAAUUUUGAAGUUCGGAAAACCCCCUGGUCCCCCCCCUUUUUCCUGAAAAAUUGAAAAAAUGCUACAUUAGCACUUUUUUCCCUUUUCCAGAUUGAAAAUCAUUCUGUUACUUUAGAACAGGCAUCCCCAAACUUCGGCCCUCCAGAUGUUUUGGUCUACAAUUCCCAUCAUCCCUGACCACUGGUCCUGUUAGCUAGGGAUCAUGGGAGUUGUAGGCCAAAACAUCUGGAGGGCCGCAGUUUUGGGAUGCCUGCUUUAGAAACAUAAAAUAUAACUAUGGACAAUUUUAAUGGGCAUAAAAUUAUCACAACUAGCAUAUUAAAAAUAUAGUGUAUCCAAACAGGAACUGACAUUGAACUUGUCAUUCAUCACUGUUUGCUAUGCAACAUGCUUACUCCACCUCCCAUGUUUUGCCCAUGAGACCUUAUGUAUUUCCUCACACUGAUGUGUGUGGUCUGUUAACCACUUUAGCUAUUACUGUAUGCUUAAAUUAGUUUAUUUCACUUUUUAAAGACUGUUUUACAGCAUUUAAUGUUUAAAAUAUUUUCAUUUCUUUUUUUCUUUCAUAACACUUCUUUGAU